CUGAAAAGCAAGGGAAAGUCGACGAUACAAAAGAACUUGCGACAAGUUAAAUUCUAUCGCAAACCUGUAUCCCAAGUGUUUUUUUGAGACGUCUUCCAUAUCGAAAUGCUGAAACAGCAAAUAUCAAUAUUAUUUGUCGGCUUAUCAAUCUUCAUCGCGUGUAUGGUCUUGCUCCUGAUUAUUUUACCCAACGAAACAUCUCAAAACUUUACUCGAGUACCUUAUGCAGUUGAUGAAAAAAUCGUUCUUCUAUUCUGGUCAAAUUUAUGGGGCGUCCCCGCCAAAAGAAGCGAAGGAUUUUUGGAGAAGGGAAAUGACGGAGGAAAAUGUCCAGUGGCCUGUGAAGUGACGUCUAACCACAGCCGGAUCAAGGACUCACAUGCAUUUGUAGUUCAUGCACGUGACCCAUACCCCCUGCCCCCAAAUAAAGACAUACCUUGGGUUCUUACAUCACUGGAAAACCCUGUGUACACACCGGUUUUAAAAAACCCAGCAUACAUGUCACAGUUCCACUUGUUACGAAGCUACAGACUUGAUUCAGAUUUUCCCACUCCUGCUUUUACCAAGCCAAGUUUGGACCUACCCAUACCAUUUAAAAACAAAACGGGAGGCAUAAUGGUAGCGUUUUCAAACUGCGAACGAGUUCGAACCGAGUAUCUUAGACAACUGAUGAAGUUUAUUAAAAUAGACUCGUAUGGUGGGUGUUUACGGAAUAAAAAAGGACUAAUCGAGCGUUACGGAGCUGACUUUAAAAAGAAAAAGUUGUUUCUACAGAAGAGUUAUAAAUUUGCGAUAACAUUCUUUAACCAAGAUUGCGAUUAUUUCGUCGAUGAUCAAAUUUUGCAUGCCCUAAAUGCAGGUGCUGUGCCUAUUGUAAUGAGUACGGACAAGAUUUACGAUUUUUUACCAGGAAAUCUUAGGAAUUCUAUCGUUAAUGUCAGGGAUUUCAAAAAUCCAGCCGAUCUGGCUGAACACCUAAAGUUUCUGAUGAACAAUGAAACAGAAUACAACAAGUAUUUAGAAUGGAAAACUAAAGGGCUUGGUGAUAUAAGUGGUACGAUUAUCGGUAGUUAUUGGAAUAGAAAAUUUAAUCAUUGGUGUCAGGUGUGUCAGGCGAUAGCUCAGAAAAAGUGGCAUAAACAAGGACUUAAAGUCGAUGAAUGUCAGCCCAGACAAUACAACACUUGGGGAAUACAUCGAUAAGCAAUUAUAUUUAGUGUUAUU